UUUUACAGAGGUACGCUUACGUUUGUCGUCCUUUGUGAUGUUCUGCGGUACUGUUGCUUAAGCGUGGAAACACCACUGGAACGCUCCAUAAGAAAGACUUACAGUUUGGUAGUGGUGAUAGAAUUCUUUGUCAAUGCGAAAGAUCUGGAUGCCCCAACAUCUCAUUGAACUAUAUUAUUAGUUGCAAGAUCGUCAAUUUAUAACGUGUUAUAUCAUCAGUGAAAACAUUAAAGUUUCACACCUAACAAUGGAUUUCGAGAAAAUUAUGUACGCGCCUUAUUUGGCGCUGGGCAACCACUCCGUGGACUCAAAAUUCGAUCACUGGCUGGAUCGUAUUAGCACAAAUGGAACUAAUGAACAACCGACGACCAAAAGCCCUUCUGAUAAUGGAGGAAAUACGAACUUCAACGAUAGCUACAAACUGGCUGCACAAGUGGCCGUUGGGGCUGCUAUUAUCGUAGCUUUAGCCAUUCUUCUGGGGCUUAUCUGGAACUCACUAAAAAGACGCUUACCUGACAACAAUAAUUCUGGAACAUCCCCAACUUCGAGGCGCUAUAGUUCGGAUAGCUUCGAUAGAUUGGUGGAAGAUCGAUUGCGCAAUCGUCCGCCACCUUACAGCCAAGAUCACGAUAAGCCUCCGUCAUAUGAGGAAUCCUUUCAAGAUUCAUCUAGUCGUCCUCGUUUGGCUGCUUCGAGAGGAAGGGAAAGAAGGCGCAUGCAACGGGAAAUGCAUCGUGAACAGACGGCAACUGUGCACGAAACCAACAGGUACCCAACACAACCAGUCAGCCAAGAAUCACCUGUAUCGCUUCCGCAGCCCAUGCCAGAGCCUUUAGUCAGCCCUGGUGUCGUAGUUCGUACGGUUAGCUACGAUAAUCGAGCAUUCUCCGUUGACGAUGAUCAGCCAACAUUCGAUAUCCCAAGUAUUUCCAUGGUCGUGUAUGAAAACGAAGUAUCGCAGGCUUGCCAAAACGCUGACACGGAGGAAGCUGUCGUCAUGUUUCAUCUAUAAAUGGCUAUAUAAAUAAUAGGUUUUUUCUUUUCAUAUGAUUCUGUUUGAAUUUGAACUGUUGUUUCAAAAUCGUGUUUAAACUAUGUCGAAAUGAUAUAUUCCACGGCAAUCAAAGUUAAUCGACAGAGGGAUAGUUGCACCUCCUAGUGUAUUGUACAUGUAUCCUUGUUUCACUGCUGUAUAAA